AUGUGCCAGGUGGUAAUCCCACCCACCCAAGAGACAUUUGAUCGGCCCAUUAUCAAAGAGACGUUUGAUCGACUUGACGCUCUAGUCGCCGUUGACAAAACGGCUGGACCCAACGACCAAAAGACUAAAUCGGCAGUCAAGGCAGUCGAGGAAAUGAAGAAGCCGGGACAGAAUCGGGAAGCACGUGAUGAAUUCUUUAAGAAGUUCAAGAAACUGGAUAGAUGA